UAUUACCGAACGUAAUGAAUGCCGUUACACUCUCUCCCCCUUUCUCCAUCUAUUUCCAUAGUUUUUACACCUCCUGAAAAGCUUCAAUUUCAAGCAUCAGUUCUGUUCUCCAACGCCUCGCAAAGUCAUACCCGUUUUCUCACAAACACGUCGGAUCCGCGUGAUUGUGGCGUAUUCAAUCAAGUGGCUUUCAAGUCUUGCGAUUUGAGCUAAAGUUGUCAAUAGAUGGAGGAGGAAAAAAAGAAGAAGAGGAACAAGAAAAAGAAGAACAAGCAGACUAAAAUAACAGAUGAUGCGACUAAUUCUGUUGGACAAUCGGCCUCUGUGGAGCAGAAUCACGUCAUUCUGCAGAAUCAUCACAAUCAGGUUUCUGAGACUGCAGACGUUAAAAAAGAAAGCAAUCUAGAGCAAAAAGCAGAUGUGGAUCAGGAUGGACAUCAGGCCAAUGGCACAGGGGGUUCAAUUUUAGCUGAAGCUGAGAAAUCAUACUGGUUGGAGAAAGAGGCCAGCUUAGAAGAGACAAUCAAACAAUUUAAAAAACAAAAGGAUUUACACACAGAAAAAGAGGCUGGCUUGGAGAUUAAAAUUUUGCAAUUACAGAGUGAGAAAGGUUCCUGGCUUCAAAAAGAGGCCAGCUUAGAAGAGACAAUCAAACAAUUACAAAAAGAAAAGGAUAUACACAUAGAAAAAGAGGCUGGCUUGGAAAUGAAAAUUUUGCAAAUACAGGGUGAGAAAGGUUCCUGGCUUCAAAAAGAGGCUGGUUUUAAGGAGAAAAUCGAUCAGUUGAUAGAUGAAACAGCCACUUUGAGUUUGAAAGGGGUUAGCCUGGAGGAAAAGAUCAAACAGUUGGAGAGAGAGAGAGAAUCGUGGGUCCAACAGGAGAACUCAAACAAAGAAACAAUUGCAAGCCUGAACGAUGGCAACACACGGUUACGAGCACAGGUGAUGGAGUUGGAAGAAUCCAGGAACAAUAUUUUACAAGAAAACCAGCAGCUGAUGGAAAAUAUAUCUGUCCUGCAGUCACAGAUCCAGGACCAUGAGAGGAGUGCAGUUUCUGCUCGUUCGUCAUCUGUGACCCCAACGCAUGCUUCUGGAAAUGAGGACUUGAACUCUCAGAUUGAAGCUGCAGGUGCACUAGUUGAAAAAUUGGUCACUGAAAAUGCAGAGCUUGUUGAGAAGGUCAAUGAGUUAUAUGCUGAGCUUGAUCGACGGAAAGUAACUGCCCCAUCUUCUUCAAUCGUUGGAUCUGAUCUGAUGGUUGGAACUGCUGAAACUGCACGCGUUGCUCAUCCUGUUUCUGAAACUAGUGAGCAGAAAUCUGCAUUAGUCAAGGGGAUGGAGUCCCAAGAAGAUAUUGUACUCAAAGAUGGGAGGAACGGUGUUGAUCACAUGAUUGCCAGGGAUUCUGCCCAUGCCUCUGAUCCCAUUUUUGAAUCUAGUGAGAGGGCAUUUGUAUCAAACAAGAAGACAGAGUCCCUGGAAGAUGUUUCUUUUAAAGAUGAGGGAAAAGCUGGUGAAUAUGUUUAUACCGAGGAUACUGCUUUAAUCCAAAACACUCCGGAGACCAUAGACAGUGAAGAAAUUGUGCAAAUUCCACUCGAUGAGAAUGAAGUUCGGGAUCUGGAUUUGCAGGUCAUUCAGAGUGAAGAAAAGGCUGAUGUGCCAAUGACAGAUGCUCCGCUUAUUGGUGCUCCCUUCCGGUUAAUAUCUUUUGUUGCUAGAUACGUUAGCGGGGCUGAUUUGGUCAAUAAGAACUCUGUUAACUAAGGGCGGUUUUUCGCCACCAUUGAACUGGGUCUAACUUAUUGUAAUUGGAUUUAAAGUGGAAUUCUCAUCGAGAUUAAAGAUAAGUCAAAUUCAGCAAUACACAUUGUUUUGUAAUAGAAAUAUGUGAGUUACUCUCGGAGGAUAUAAAGUCCGCUGAGCUUUUUACCAAAAUUUUCAGGUACUUUUAACAUGGUCUUACUCUUACAAUGUAACACAGGCUUAUCAAACUGGGCCGUCUUUUUGGUAGUUAAUGGUGGCUUGAUUGGGCUGCCUGACAGAUAUUA